UAGAAACGUCUUUUUCCUCGUAGUGCUACAAGUCGCGGGGUUGCGAGUAGAGAAGUAGAGAGUAUUUGGGUUUCUGAUUAAGUAUUUACGCGGAAGGAGGUUCUCUAUUGUUCUUCUUCUUCGUCAUGUGACCUGAGACGCAGGAAGAGGGAACCAAGAGAGAGCUUGACGAAAGAGCUUGGUUUACGUUCUGUUUUUUAAAAUAAAAAAAAAUCAGAGAGCAGAGGAAGCAGAUUUGUGUGUUUUACGCAGAGUUUUUGGGUGUUUCCUGCUUAAUAAAUUUGUUUUAGGUUUCAGGUUUCUCCUUUGAACGGCAAUGGCGUCAGUUCUCUCAAGGAAGCAGAAAAAGAAAGAUAAAUACACACUGAAAGAACUCAAAAAUCUCGGUCGUGAGCUUCUUUCUUCGCGGGCUCACAUCAACAAUCUCCCUCUUCUCCUUUCGUUCAUAUCCUCGUCUUCUCCUCCUCAGUAUGUGCUUGAGUCACUUCUUUCUCUCCAGUCAUUCUUCACUCCUCUCCUUCCUCUGCUUCCACUAUCUUUGUCAAAACGUUCGCGGACUGAGCAAGACCCCUCGGAGAGGGAAGAGGAUCCUGAAGUGAUUUACAGGACAUGGCUGAAGUCCAAGUUUGAUGACUUUGUUAGGUCGUUGAUCGAUCUUUCGGUGUCUCGGGGAUCUGACGACACAUUAAGAGAAGUUGUUCUGGAUGCCCUUAUGGAACUCGCAAAGCGGGGAAGUGGGGGAAGAUUUAAUUCGGCUAUAUACCACAGAUUUCUUCAUACUUUUGUUCACUCUACAGAACCUGCUAGUUUUCUGCUAGACUUGCUUGCAUCUAAGUAUUUCAAGUACAUUGAUGUCCGUUAUUUUACCUACGUCAGCAUGGAAAAACUGGUUAAAGCUUUGGAAGCCAAAAACAUCUCUGUUGAUAAAGUUCUACGGGAAACUGCUGAAAAUGGUCUUCACUCGGGAGAAAGCAUGAAACAUUCUAUUCACAUAUACAUGAUAUUUAUCACGCAUCCCGCUUUAGAAGUUCCUAGCAAUUACUAUCAUUGUGCUUGGUGCCAAGAGGAACCCCAAGGUAAGUGA